CAAGAAUGUCAGCCAAAUCAUCAGCUCGCGCUUUUAGAUAGGGUUUAUGUUUUUUUACGUAAAGUGUUAAUGAUUUUAAUUUGAGACCGACAAUUUAACAUUUUAUAUAAAAAAAUGGACCGUUUUAUAAGUAUGUGGAAGGUGCGGGAAUUGGCGGACAAAGUGACAAAUGUGGUGAUGAACUACACAGAAGUAGAGGGCAAAGUACGGGAGGCGACAUCCGACGAGGCUUGGGGUCCCACUGGUCAGCAGAUGCAAGAGCUAGCUCUGGCCACGUUCACGUACGAACAUUUCCCGGAGGUUAUGUCGAUGCUGUGGAGACGAAUGCUGCACGAUAACAGAGCGCAUUGGAGGAGAACUUAUAAGUGCUUACUACUACUCAGCUACCUUGUCCGCAAUGGUUCGGAACGCGUAGUGACCUCGGCCCGAGAACACAUCUACGAUUUACGCUCGUUGGAGAACUACUCAUAUGUAGACGACUUGGGAAAAGAUCAGGGCAUAAAUGUUAGACACAAAGUUCGAGAACUAAUAGAUUUCAUACAAGACGAUGAGAAACUUCGUGAGGAGAGAAAAAAAGCGAAGAAAAACAAGGACAAAUAUAUAGGUAUGUCGUCUGAUGCGGCCGUGAUGGGAAUGAGGAGCGGUUCUGGGGGCUGGGGCGAGUAUAGCGAUCGCAGUAGCAAUUGGGACGAACCAAAGGACAGAAGAGUAGAUGAAGAAGAGGAAUACGACAGGGACGACUCUGAUGGUGAUUACAGCCAUAGGAAACCGCACAAAGAGAACGUGUACCGCGACGCGGAGAGUGUUGGUGGUGGUGUGGUGGCAGUGGGUGGUCGCCAGUCCCCUGAACUACCCACGGGGAAGUCGCUCAACAUCAGUCUCAAGAGCCCGCCCGCCAGGAAACCCAGCACUCCGGUUAAGAAAAUAGACCUUGGUGCAGCCGCGACAUAUGGCAAAUCGUCCGGACCUACUCCCGCGCCGACCCCCACCACGGUCCAACCGCGAUCCCAUACCGCACAACAAUCACAAGAGCUGCUCGACGAUUUGUUCAAGACAUGCUCUGCACCCACUACUGGCAACCUCAUGCUAGAAGACGACUUUGAUCCCAGAGCGGAAGAACAGAAACCAGCGACGAAAGAAAAUGCGGAAUUUGGCGAGUUUGCGAAUGCGUUUGGUGCGCCUCCCGCCAGCGGUGAUGACGGCUUUGCAGACUUCACCAGCGCGUUCACUGCGGCCUCACCACCCGCACCAAAUGCAACAUCGCUUGCAGCACCGGCCCCAGCGCCACCACCAGCGGCCGUCAAUUCACCGGCAUCGAACUUAGAUUUGCUGAGCGAUCUGUCGGGCCCGAUGCCUUCGUUUGGAAUAGAGUCGCUGGGCGGACAGCUUGCAGCUACCACUCUGCAGCCGCUUCAACCCUCACUGCAACCUGCUCAUCAAGGCGAGGCAAAGACCAAACUGACUUCCCCGCAAGAACACUUACAGCAAGCUAUCAAGAAUUUUCUAGACAGUUUACAAUCAAUAGAGAAGAUAAAGUCUGAAAAUGAUGUGAAUAUUAUUAGAACAUGUUUCGAAAAUCUGAAAAAUUAUCUCCCAGGGCCAAUCACAGUGCAGAAAUUGAGUGGAAUUGACGAAAUACUUUUUACUAACGAAGUAUUGGAGUCUUAUUCACUACUGCUUAGUUGUGUAAUAAGGAUUUUGCUGCCCCACUGGCCAUUGUUCAAAGAUGAACUAAUAAAUCUCUUUACACCAGAAGAAAGCUUCAGACUUAGUCUUGAAAUAUUAUUGACAUUAUGUGGUUUUCUUAAAAAUGAAAGUACAUUUGUAUGUAAAGCGAUUACGUUUCUUUUACUACGAUAUGUCAAAGGCGACAUUGUAUUAACAGGUGUUGUGGAUUCCUGUGUCGUAGAACUGCCUAAUGAAAAAGAUAUUUAUAAACAUCAAUUGGAAUGGGAAAAUUAUGUACAAUUAUUGGUAACUCUCCCCGAGAGGGUUGCAAACAAACUUGAAACCGAAACACCUAAGGAAUUCUCCCAUGAAAAUUAUUCGUACAACCUAGUUUUCCAUAUUAUACGUUGCAUAGACUUCUUAGCAGAAAGCAGUUAUGCACAACGCGCUCAAUAUAAUAUCUCUUAUUUAUCUCAACUGUUAUCUAAAAUAAUAAUCAACUAUAACAUGAAUGGUAACUCUGAAGCUAUUAUAAAAUUUAUUGAUGUUCUUAUAACAUGGACUGACGAUAAAGAAAUGAGUAAAUUUGUGAAAAGAAAGUUAAUACAAACUAUAUUUCAUCAGUUAAAUCGACAAGCUAUAGAUUGCCUAUCUGUUAUUUUAUUGAAGAAAUGUCCCAUAGACUAUCGUAGUCAAGAGCAAUGCAUACUAAACCUACUUGGAGAUAACAUAAACACAAAUAAAGAUUGGGCUGACAUUUUAACUAACAAAGUACCUUUUUAUAUUAAGUACAUGGACUAUAAUGACACAACGGUCGCAGAGAAUUUGAUUUACUAUAUAUCGACUGCUAAAAAUUGCGUCGAUACAUUAUCAGAACUUAUUUUAAGACUAGCAUAUGUGUGGUCUGACGUUCAACUGAAUAAUGUUGGUAAUAUACCAGAACAUGUAUAUAUAUCUCAAUUACUAAUUUUAGCUGUAAAGUAUCGUGUCGUUAUGUCAUCUUUACGAAAUAUAACUUGGUCUAUAUCCAGAUUGAAAACAGUUUUGUUUAAAGGUAUGUCUAAACAUUUAGAUGUUUUAUCACAAGAAUUUAGAUGCAUUGGCAUGGCAACUAUUGAAAUUAUAUUCAAAAUACUAGCAGACCUAGACACAUCUGAUAAGGAAGCUGCAAAUAGUCUCAAUUUUGAUUACGAUGACAUGGGAGAUGUUUGUAAAGGAAUAUAUAAUAUACUCAAAAGAAUCUCAAACAGAUGUUUAAUUGAUGUAAAACAUGAAACCGCUCAAAGACUACGAGAAAUAAAUGUAAAGAAUAUUUUCGAUACAAUCAUUAACAAAGUUGUAGAUGAAGAGUAUAGACCUGUUCAGAACACAAUAGUGACUUGUGCUGUUAAAAGCCCAGAACAAACUAAGGAGAUAGUGAAAACUAUUAUAUCUGUUAAAUUAGAUGCCCUAGAGAAAAAGAGAACUUCUGAUGUAGAAGACUUAGAUUCAGACGACGAUCUGCAACCUUAUGAUAUGAGCAACGACAUACCAGUUUCUGCUAAAAAACAGCCAAAUUAUCUUAGAGACCUUCUGGAGAUGUUAGUCGAAGCUAAAGAUGUGGAAACCUUUGAAGCAAGUCUCAUAGUUUCUGAAGAUUUAGUCGCUAGACAGUUGAAGACUGAAGAUUCAAAAUUAGCUAUAGAACUUUUGAAUUUAUUUGUUCAUUUAGAUGAUAAAUAUAAUGUUGAUAACUUUGAAACAAUAAAAUUUAACACGACUGUUGCAAUAGUCUGUAGUCAACCGAAAGUUUGCGCCGAGCAACUAUGCAAAGAAAUUCAUACCGAUGUUGGGCGUUACUCAAUAGCAACAAAAAUGUUUAUGCUCGAUGUAUUAUCGGAAGCUGCCAAUAGAAUAGCUGAUGUGAGACCACAUGUCGAUGAGAAACCUAAGGCAAAAGUCGUUACCAAAAUUGAGGAUGAUAUGCUGGCCGAGGAAAUAAUACGAAAGCGAUUGAUCAACAAAACUAGAUAUUUUCACUCGAAAAGACCACAUCCGUUUGCAAAAGCUAAAAGAAAUGAGUUUGCUGCUGUAUCCGAUAGUUUUUUCUACCCUCUAGUGGGAGGAUUUGGUGUCAAACAAUUAACUUUAAGUCACCAUAAUUUGAAACAAGAUGUUGAUAAUAUUCUCUUACUAAAAUAUUUGUCUGUAGUUGGAAAUAUAGUGCUUGCAUCAAAAAAUUGCCCUAAAUGUCCGAUAUAUUGUUGGGAAAUACUCCAAAUGAUGACAUACAUGAGAUACACUCCAGAUCCAAGAUUACAGUCUUGUGUUAUAUCUAUAGUGGCUUCAGUCAUUUUUGCAUUACCACCUUCUAUAUUAAAAUCCGAAUUUUUCGACGUGUUAAUUGAUUUUAGACAUUGGUUCGCUGAAUGUCUCAAUAACGUAGACUUGACUAUGAGAUUGGGCGGACCGAAGUCAGAAACAGCGAUCUUUGCCGGACAAGUCCUAUGGUUGUUAGAAAAAAGUUUAAUGGACACAGAUGAAUAAAAUUCAUAAAAGAAAUACAUUAAAAGAUGCGGAAAAGAUUUAUAUUUUAAUAAAAAUGACUUCCAGACCAACAAGUGGAGAUUAUAACUGUUUCAAUAACGUCUCAGAACUAUUAAAAGUACUGAAUGUUUUUGCUUGCCAUAUCGAGGCCAUUAGUUUGCGUAAACUGAGAGAUUAGUUGUAAGAAAUUGUAGUAUUUAAAAAUCAUAUGUUAAGUUUAGU